AUGCGUCUGACGUUCAUGGAAAUAGUACGCAAGAACAAGCUACAUAUUAAACUACAGCGAGUCGAUCUCUUUCCGCCAACUACGAAAUGUGUGGCGAACAGAAGGAAAAGUCCAACGGACUUUGCUAAAGGUCGUAGCGUCGGCGACAAGCGGGGAUACUUUCGCCAGCCUUUUUGGGUUAUUGGAUUGCUACUUGUAAUUGGUGGUAGCAUUCUUGACUUUGUGGCGUUGGGAUUCUUACCACAGUCUCUAGCUACACCUGUUGGUGGAUCGACUAUGGUUGCCAAUGUUGUCUUUGCAUCAAUGUUCCUUAAGGAAAAGUUUACUCGAUCCGAUGCUAUUGGUACUACCCUUGUCUUACUUGGAAUCAUUAUCGUUGCUACAUUUGCUGAAAAAGAAAGCGCGUGUUACACAAUUCACGAGCUUGUUGCACUGUACCGAGAGCCGAUCUUUGCAGUGUACGCAUCAGUAAUAACUCUUUCCUGUAGCAUUCUCUAUUUACUCACGCGCAAGAUGGAGCAUACACUUAAGCAUAAAGGCAGAUCGUCACGUGAAUACAAAAGGUUUCGAAAGUUUCAUCCAGUGACAUACCCUGCUUUAUCAGGAAUGUUUGGUGCUCAAUCGAUACUGUUUGCAAAGUCGACAGCUGAACUUAUAAAGACGACAUUUGAUGGAGACAACCAAUUUGUGACGUUUGGUGCUUAUGCUAUCACACUAAGCAUGUUCGUUUGUGUAUUCAUGCAGAUUCAUUGGCUCGCACAUGGUCUGCAGACUUUUGAUGCAGUGUUCGUGGUACCUGUCUUUCAGUGUUUUUUUAUCUCUAUCUCAAUCUUCGGUGGAGGCGUCUACUUUAAAGAAUUCGCUAAAAUGUCUUCUCUAGCACUUGGUAUGUUUUCGCUUGGCUCGGUCAUUACAAUAAGUGGUGUCGUCAAGCUUGCACAUCGUGAUAUGCACAAACUCAGUCCACUUAGAAGAUUUCGCGCUGGUACUAGUGUUCUUAUAUUCAUUUAUCGGAGUCAAAAAGCUUGUCAUGAUGGAGCAUCUUCUCCGAUCAAAGCCCUGAAGAGAUCUCCGGUCUGCGCUAAAGAGGAAACAAAUAACUUUGAUGUAAAAGCUGUAUCAUCGAAAAAGCGGGUCAUGCGGCUGUCUAAGGCAUCGGUGCUUCCUGUUGGUCCUGAUGGAGCUUCAGGAGUUGCUACGACGGCAAUCGUGACUCCAGGACAGGUUUUACCAUCUUCUAGUCCUGAUAAGAGUGACAUUAUCUCAAUAGAUGCAAGUCAAUCUUUUUUAGUGUUUUGA